AUGCCACCGGAAUCAGUUGCAUUAGAUGUCUUACGUGAAGCUGAAUUUUUUUGUAUUAGUUCAUUAAUAACUAAACUAGAAAAUUCAAGUCCAUGUGUUAUAUCAUUACGUCGACGUGAAUCAUUUCGUCGUCUUAUACCUGAUUAUGAAAAUAUGAAAAUGGAUAUAAUUAAUCGAUCAGCUGAAAAACGUUCAUCAUUUCAUGAAUCACGUGUUGUUAUAACACAACUUGAUCAUACAAAAUUAAAAGGAACUAUACCAUGUUAUAAUUGUAGUCGAGAAUUUGUUACAGUUAAUCAUGCUUGUGCUUUUGAUGGUCUUACAGCUGAUUUACAAAUUCAACAACAACUUAAACCUAUACAAUCGGAUAUACAUAUUGAUAUGGAUAAACUUGUCGCAUUUGUUGUUGAUGAACUUGUUCAUGAUGGUUUUAAAGCUUCUGUUGAACGUGUAACAUGUCGUUUUAGUGUUCGAUGUCAAAGUUGUACUCUUAGUGGUUUAUAUACAGCUGGCGGAAUUUUAGCACCAAGAGAAUGUCAAAAUGUUGCUCAUGUCAUCAAAUUUAUAUGGUCAUAA